GUGCUUUCACUCGUGUCUGUCUGAGUGUGCGCGCCGUGAUUCGCACGCACGCCGACCAUCAACUGCGUGUGCGCAGGGGGCAGAGGUGUGUGUGUGUGUGUGUGUUCUCUUGCAGAAGCGUUCGUACGUCUCGACAUGGCCUUAAAAAUCGAUCGUCGUUGUCAAUCCAUCGUGUGUCUGUCUGUCUGGGCUGUCUAGUUUCAUGUCAUUCUCGCAUCUCGCAGACACACCACUGACCCCACACACGGCAACAAGAGAGACACUCGUCAGGUCAGUCAUGACAGAAGAUCUCUCUCUCCCAGGCAGAAAAGACACCGACCGAAUGACUUGCGAACAACUCUCAUUAGCUAAAUCGAAUCAAGUUGAAAAAUCCCUCUCUCUCAUUGAUCGACCAAUUGCUUCAUUUGCAAACCACACACACCCCCUAUAGCCGGCUCGACUCAGCAGUCAUCGACGAGUCACCCUAGCCCACUCAGUCUUCUAAACAGCACCACGCCGAGAGAGGUCGCCGUGGCGUAGCCCACGGUGCCGUACACAAUGGCCGGCAGCACCAGGUCGUCGCGCCCCAUCGACCCCCCGGCCAUCCCUGCCGCCGUCGAGGGGCCGCCCACAUUGGCAUUAGACGCCACAAUGAGGUCGUCCAGAGGCAGCCGGAACUGCAGCCGCUUCAGCAUCGAGUUGAUCAGCGCCGAGAUGCCGAACAGACCCAUCGUGUGCACCAGCAGGAUCAGCCCGGUCACCAGCGGCGCUGCCGCGCACUCGACGCCCAUCAAGUCGGCGAAGCGCGCCGUCGCCCCGAUGCCGCCGUAGAAGAUCUGCAGCCCGACAGCCGCCAGUAGCGAUGAGCUCUCCCCGGCCGCCGUGUAGAGCUGGUCGAGGAGGGGCGGCCCGCUGAGCGUCAGUCGCUUGAGGAUGGUGGCCAGGCCGAUGGCCACAGUAGCCAUGACGAAAGUCGAGAGGCCGUCGAUGGGCACGUAGCGGCGCGCCCACCUCUCGAUUGCCGGGCUCACCGUCAGCACAGUUGACGCCAGACCCAAAGACACCAUGAGGCCGAGCGCGCGGAAGGCCAUCUUGCCCGCACGCUGCCGCCAGCCUGUGUGUUGCUGCUUGUCCUUCACAGAAGGGAUUGUGUGCUGGGUGGGUGCUGCUGUGGCAAUGCCGUAUGUGGGGACGUUGCUGCCGGCGAGUGGAGCGUUGCGGCUGACUGCCGACACAGGCUGGCCGUUCUCGUGAUGAUGCGCCUUUGCGGUUUGGGCGCCGACGAGCACUUGCGUCUUCUCGAUGGAGGCAGGGGCCUCCUCGGGAUGGUAGCCGUUGAGCAAAUAGGGGGAAUCGUUGGCCUUGAUGGCUGAUGCAUCCUCUGAGUGAACAAACACAGAGGAUGUAUGGUGUUCCUCUCUCUCUCUCUCUCUCUGUCUGUCUGUCUGUGUGUGUGUGUCAUCCACCUCUCUCUGGGAAGAGCUUGCGCAGCUUGAUCCAUCCAUGGGCAUACUUCAACGCUGAACGACACAAAGAGCCCAAGGCGAACACGCCACGUGUUUCCGGGCGCAUUCCUCCCUUUAACCUCUUCUGCCUGCUCACCGGCGAGGUAGAAUCCCAUGAAGAAGAUGUCUGCGGCACAGAGGCCUCCCAGCAGCGCGCUGCUGCUCCCUUCCCCACUGCCCAGACCCACAGCGUUCGCCACGGCGAAGAAAUUGACAGUCCCGCCUACACACACCAAGCCGGACACACAAGACAGAUUCGAACAGAUCAACGAAAGACUCGUUCCCUUCCCGUGUUUGCCCGCCUACCGAUGUAAGUGGCGGCGAGGCAUCCCACGGCCUGGGCCGCACUGUGGACGGGCAUCUUGAGGAAGGCUAUCGGCAUGCGAGUCGUCACAAGGAAGGCCAGCAGUCCGCCGACAACGGUCGUGACAGCACCGAGGGCGUAGGCGCUCCCCACCGUGCGCAUCUUCUCCCAGCUGGCAGGGCAGGUGCUCGGUCCAGAGAGCCGCGACGGCGCCCCGAGCAGCACCAGUGCAAUCGUGAUGGGCAGCAGCUGCCCCCAGCACCAGUCAUAGGCAGGAUGCGUCGAAGGCAUGAAGCCCAGGUUGCUGAGCAGGAAGGGGACACCAAAGCUGACGAGCGAGCCCCACGAGUACUUGCUGUCGAGAAAGUAGCCGCCGAUGCCGUUGGCGAGCAGCACACCCCAGAUGGCCACAGGCGACGUCAGAGCUGCCAUUCUUGACUGGGCGACGGCUCGAUUCUUUCUUCCCGCGAUGAAGCUGGGUCGUUCUGGCGUCCGAGCAGUGGACGAGGAUGAGUGCUGAGGCUGCGAGGGAGCCGAUAAGGUUUGUGUCUGGUGUGUCGGCGAGACCGGUCUCAGGGCAGCGAAUGCAGCCGCAGACCUGCGAAGCGACGGGACGGUCUUCUGCGAGAGUCCUCCGGUCGUCAGCAAGAGCACCACUGCCACCAGCACACCGCCCUGGAAGCCUCUCAGACAGAGCAUGCUCCUUCGCAGCGCAUUGAUCUAUCAAGAUCUUGAUAGCACAGACACAAAUCGAUGGACUGUGCCUCACAGUGAGGCACUCGAAGCCUUUAAAGCGUUGCUGCCCCCUUUCG